AUGGUAUAUAUUUUUUUAAUUACAGAUACGACUGAAACAUCUUCAGAUAUAAAGUAUCCAGUGGACUCUUCGUUGUCGCCUGAUUUAUCUGAAAUAAGUUCAUAUGGAUUACAGUUUACAUAUGUGGAUGAACAUAAUAAUCCAGUUCAGUUUCAACAAAACGCACAUCAUCGUCAGUAUAAUAUAGAUGGAGUAGAAAAUUUAUCUGGUUAUCGUAUUCGUUGUAGUUAUGAAGAUUUAAUUACUUCUGGUGUAUCCUAUCGUAUAGAUUGGAGUAGUUCAGGAUUGACAGGAAAUGAUAUAACAUACACGUAUGCUUACCUCCUUGAUCCUAAUGCGCCUAAAUUGUGUACAAAUCCUAUCGCAAGUAUAAAUUCUAUCGAUACAACCAGUCAUAGUGUUCAUACAACAAGUACGGGUAGUACUACUACUACUACCUCGUCUUCUACUACUUUCACCUUUAAGCCCAUAUCAAAAGUUGAUAGUGCAACUAAUCUAGAGACUGGGAUGAAACGAUGUAAAUCUCAAGAAUCUGUUUCAUCUAAUUGUCUGACAAAUAAAUCAAGUCGAAACUGUACAAAUUCUAUAAUUCCUGAAUCAACAAUUCAACCAAAAUCUCCUACUAAAUCACAUUCAAUUUUAACUCGUCAAUUAAGUUUGUCAAGUACAUCUGAAAUGCUUUUACUAAAUCGUGAUCUAAUCAAUUAUAAUUCACAGACUUCUAGUGAACCUUUAAAUCCACACACCAGUAUCACUAAAAAUUGUUCCAAUCCUAUCAGUGUUGAUCUUCAAACAACACAUCAAAUAUCGUCCGCAUCAUUAUCCACACCUCUUAUUAUUCCGGGUAAUUCUUAUGAAAUUAUUCUUUUGGCUGAUGUUCGUGAAAAUUUCGGAUCAAACAAAGUAAGACAAAUGCUUCCAAUGGUAUUUCAAAAAUUUAAUAUUAAAUGUGAAUCAAGAGCAUUACCAGUUGGAGAUUUUCUAUGGAUUGCACGAUGGCGUAAUGAAUCAAGUAAAUUUUGUUAUUUUUAUUCAAUUUUAUUGUAA